AUGGUCGCGGUAGCCCUCAACAACGACGGGGAAGGGCUUAUAGUUUUCACUCCGGGCGUGUCCGCCUCACCGGGCUCGUCGGAACAGCUGCGAACGCCCGAGUCCCAUGACAUCUCCGAUCUCAACUUCACUCUACGCCCUCCCCAUUCCAUGAUGGCCAGAACAAAGAGGAGCGGAUUGGUGUCACUGGCAUGUACCGAGUGUCGGAAACAGCAUCUAAAAUGUGAUGCACAUAGGCCGACAUGCUCGCGAUGCGUCCAGCAAGGUUACCUUUGUCAGUAUCUUCCCUCGCGACGAGGCGGUCGCAGGAAACCCCGACAGGACUCCGAUCGCCAGCCACCGCCAUCUAAUAACCCCGAUGAGCUGAAUGCUACAUCACCCCAUGAUCUUGCAUCGGAGUUGAUGACAGAGAUGCAGCCUGGGUAUCAGGCUCCUCUCGUCUUGCCCGUAUCUCGUUCAGAACAGCCAGAUACGCCAGAUAGCACCACCCCGCAGCGCGGGCCAGGGUCGGUCCCUUGGUCGAUAACAACUCCGAGAACUGGGUUGAGUCAAGAGCAUUUUCAGCCUACACGGGAUCUUUGGUUUCAUGAUGAUCGCUUUCUGCGCCUCUUCUACGAAAACUUCCAUGUCGCUCAUCCAAUCUUGGUGCCCAGUGCAGUCUAUCAUGAUCGCCAGUAUCCGGAUUUUCUGCAGCUCGUCGUGAAUUUUGUUGGAUCUCACUAUAUUACAUCAAGUCCCACGCAAGAUUACAGAGACAAAGUUCUUGCUGAAUUGACUUGUCAUACCGACCGCUCACCAUGUAUGGUUCAGGCCUGGUUAAUCUACUCGAUUGCGAUAUACGCACGCGGAGAAUGGCAGGAGGCGCAGGACGCCUUCUCGCAUAGCGUGGAGAUUGCUUUGGAGAUUGGCAUGAAUCGCCGCGAAUUUGCCAUAACUGGUCGCCCUGAGAAUAGUAUCGAGGCCGAGAGUCUCCGGAGGACUUGGUGGGAGCUUUACGUGACAGACAUCUUUAUCGCUGCUCCGUCCAAGAGCAAUACCUUCCUUUGUAGCGCAAUGGCCCCGGAGGUGGGCUUGCCCUGCGAGGACUCGUUCUAUACGGGAACGUGCGAGAUUCCAGCACCACGGAAAAUACUCGAUUUCAAACGCCGCAUCUUUGCGCCCGAAGAGACCGUUUUUUCUUCCUUUAGCUAUCGCAUCGAGGCGACUACCAUUCUAUGCAGGGCUCUCGUCUUGAGUAGACUACGUGACUACCAUCGUGAUCAUCUUCAAGCGGUUGAGAAUGCCCUUGUCAGCUGGGUCAAUCAUUUACCUCCUAGGAAGCUGGAUAUUGUCGAUUCGUACGGCAACAUUGAUGAAAUGAUGUUCCAAGCGCACGUUACGAUCGCAUACGCUACUAUGCUUCUACACCUUCCACGAAGCGAUCUCCAACCUGUCUUGUCCCUAACAAACGAACAGUUUUGGCCCGUUGCUACUCGUCACAUGGCCUCUACCCUAAAUCGCCCUGUUCAUAGUAUCAAGGCUACCGAGGCAUCCAGGCGAAUCUCCGAUGCUAUCUCCCUUUGCCCAAACGUUCUCAAGCACUCUCCAUUUGUCAUUCCCGCCCUGGCACUUUGUGGAAUGAUCCAACUGGCCACUUCAAUCAAGCACACCGAAGAGUGCUUUGAUCAUCAUUAUAACAGAGUGACUCUCAUCCUCGGAUGUUUGAAGAGUACAAAACGGAUAUGGGGUCUCGCGGACGCUGCUUACAAUCAUCUGCGCACCUCUGCGGCAGACGCGUUAUCGGAUUCGAUGGAGCGAUGGAGCACGGAACCACUUCGCAAAUUCUUCCCCGCAGAUUCAACACCUAGUAGCACAGAGCGGACGACAGCUCAGCCCACUCGGCCUACGUCAGCCGUUUCAGAGGGCCAGGAUCUAUUGUUCCCCCCUAUCGUACCUGCAUUUGUUGAUCCGACAUGCUACAACGACUCAUUCUUCACUACCAUUCCUGAGUUUGACAUUAGCUAA